UGUGAUCUUCAGUUCGCACGCGUGUUCUAAAGCAGUUUGGGAGAAAUGUCCGCAUUGGAAGAAAAAUAUACAAAAUAUCUAAGUGAGCAUGGUAUAUUGCCGCGUCUGCUCGAAAUACUAGAGCAAUUAGUGAAUAUUGAUCCACUUCCCUCGGAUCCGCUAAUGGAAAUUCUGCACGCACUUGGCUGCCAGCUUAUACCGCAGGCUCAAAUGAAGGCCCUGGAGAGGAAGGUAUCGCGCGCACAGGAUGAGCUGCGUUAUCUGCGACGUGUGCUAAUAGAUCUAGGCGGUCAGGACGAACUGUAUGACAGCGACACAGACGAGAACGAAUAUGUGGGUCAAGUUAGCGAGAUGCGCUCUACUCCCCUUUACACACCACACUCCGCCAGCGAGGAGGACUACCCGUCGCCUCAAUACCUUUUGGAAGCAUCGAUUGCCAUCAGCGAGGAGCAUCAGUCACAGCAGCAAUACGAGGAGGAGCAACAGCCCUGCUGCAGCCAUGACUUGCAGGGAAAUGUGAAGCAGUUCUAGAGAAUUGCUUAUGUA